AUAUGUUUCUUUGCACCGGGCCGUGUUGUGGAUUUUUGCCGUCGUUUCAUGCAUUUAGUGGAUUCAUUCUGAAUUUCCAAUACUCUGUGUUAGUUAAUUGAUAUCAUAUUUCUACGCGAAUUUUGCUCUCGGCAGGUUAAUUUCUGCCGACAGGGAGUCGCGAUUAGCCGCAAAGUUUCAGUUGUUGCGGGACGUGUAAUUGUCGAGUAGUUGUGGACCGAAAAUUGGUUUGUGGGUGAAGUGAAAAAGAAUACAGAUGAGUGAAAGUGCUAGCUGGUCGGAGGGAUCGUUGAAUAAGGUUGAAGUUGACGUUGAACGGCAUUUACUAGAAACAACAGUGCGCCUUUCCGAUGGCACUGAGGGUUUAGUAUUCUCCCGUGGCUCAAAAAACGAGGCUAAUCUAUUCCUCUACAAUUGUCAUCUAUGCGGGGUAGCAAGUUUACCCGGUGAACGUUGUUUACAAACUCAUAUAGCUGGCCGAAAGCAUCAACGUCGUUUAUUAGAGCCGUCCAUUGACGCUGCCGCCUUUCGAGCCCCUAUUUCGAAAUUACGAGUUAGCAUGAGUAUUGCUCCGGGUGAACCCGUACCACCAGGAUUUGAAGAUGAAGUGCGACAAAUUCCAGAAUUGCAACCGUUCCUCGAUGGUUAUAAAACAAGUCCGACAAUUGGUCUUGAAUACGUCGUAGAGUUGACUAACCCUGACGAUAAUGAGCCCAGUUACUUAUGCUUGAUGUGUGAUAAACGCGGCGAUCCGCGUACGAUAAUUGCUCAUAUAACAAGUUAUAAUCACCGGUUGAAAUAUUUGGAGAAGCAUUUUCCAGCAGUAACAAAAGAAAUCGCGCCGUACCGCUACAACUACGAAGCUAGAAAUCUCAUGCCUCGUUUAGUUCAAAACAUUUGCGAGGCAAUAGAGGAUCAUCAUGGUCGGUUGACGCUAAGAGUGUAUGAUUCAACAGAGUUUCAUAAAAAUCGGAAACGUGUCCUGCAAGAUAUUAUUCACGACAAACAUUUCACAGAGAAAAAUGGCCCGACUUUCACCGACAUAGUUGAUCGGAGCAAGAUUGAUGAACAAUUGAAAGCUGGAAAAAAUUCUAUUGCAAUUAAUAUUGGAUCGAAGCAUCGUGAUCCAUCUCCUCCUAAUGUCCGUGCACCAAAACGCGAUAAGACAGGUAAUACUGUACCGCGUCGUCAAAUUCGCGACAAUUUGGAUGAGAUUUCAAGCAGUGAAUCAGAUUCACCGCUGAAACAACGUUCGCCUAGAUAUCGAACACCGCGUAGAGAUCGUAGUCGCAGUAUUGAACGUUACGGUAAAAAGUCAAGGCGUUCAAGGUCAUUAUCCUUUUCACCGCCUCGUCGAGGCGGUGGAAUGCCACGCGUUCAUCGGUCACCACCUUUCGAUAAACAGGAUGUGAGAAAACGGGGAUCGGAUAUAGGUGCGCUAUCUAAACAAGCUGGAGAAUACAAUCAAGAAAAGUAUAAGAAGGACAGGUACAAAUCUAUGCUUGACAACGCCAUCAAGGAAUUGGAAAAGGAACUGAAGGAUCACGAAAAAAAUCCUGAAAAGCACCCUCUCUACCCAGAAGAGUGGAAGACUUUUUGGAAUCGGCGGUACAAAGAACUGCAAGCAGAAAAAAAGGACCCAAACAAAUAUGAUUACAAGCCUGAAUGGAUAGUUUUUUGGACUAAACGAAUGAAAGAACUUCAUUUAGAAGCAAUUGAAAAGCGAAAAAACGAAAUUCGCAAGCAGUGUGGCCUAUCAACCAGUCCUUUCAAGGAUAAGUUAGAAGUGAUCGACAUUAGUGAUGAGGAAACAUCGCCACUUUCCGUGAGCCCAAUGCGAGAAAAAUCAAAUAGUCGAUAUUCCCGCGAAAGGGAGCGGGAAAAGGAGCGGGAACGUGAACGUUCACAUAGCCGACGUGUAACAGAGGUUUCUCCCGAUUACUACCAUGCAGGCUUAAGUCGUGAAUAUCAUCCAGUACACCCUCCGCAACGGUAUGGGGUACGGUACAUGGACCCAGACAAAUAUCCCAAAUAUGAACCAGAAAAUAGAGAAGAAGAAGAGGAAGAUGAUGGCCCUUUAACAGUCGUAGCUGUUCUAAGAUUAUUGACAGCACUUGAGGAGCAACUUGGCAGUCUGGGGCCAAAAGUUAUUGAUCUCCUUGCUAAGGCUUUGGCAUUAGAGAAGAUCAAAGCUAAUUCGUCUGAUGAAAUGCUUUUGAACGAGGACACCAGUGUUUUUUUUGAAACAGUUAAAGAAAAGUUUAAAGGUCAAAUUUUAGCCGGAGUGUUAGAUUCGAAUAAGAUCAAGGCAGUGAAAAAAGCAAUUAAAAAUAUCGCUGCUAUCCUUCAUCAAGUGACAAGCAAAGAUAAACCCAGUGAAGAAGAAAAGGAACCAGAGAAUCCAACAAAAGCUAAACUAUUGAAAACAGACAUCCUCGACCGGCAACUAAUUUCUUCGAAAUUAGCAGCGGCACUGGUUAUGCAGGAAAAGACGGAUGUAUCAAAGGAGGACAUGGAUCGUUUGAUAAAUGUUUUCAUAUUAAUCGUUAAACUUUCGAAAGAACGCAAUUCACACGUUGAAGUCAGAGAUAUUCUACUAGAAUUAGGAAUUGAAACAAACGUUUUCGAUGAAGAAGACCUCCUUUCUAAUAUCAGUAAAGUCGAAUCAAAGGAUAGUAGUGAUGUAGCACCGACCGGGCACAACGCUUCUAGUUCACUAGAUAGUUUAACUGAUUCUGACCUUCAAACUCUUCUACAGAAUUUCAAACAUCUUUCCAGUGAAGAGCAGCAUCACCUUAUAGCUCACUUGAAGAAACUAGAGUCAACUGAACCGCUACGGGUAGAAAAGUUGAGAAAGUUCGUUGAUGUAACAGAUCUAAAAGGGGACAAAUCAAGCCCCCAGACAGGAAAAACAUCGAAUGCUGGGAUAUCCAGUUUUUCUGGAGACGAAUUUGAAAGCAAAAAACCCGCCAUGAUUGAAUCAGAUGAUGAUGAUGACUACAAUUUUGACGAUGUCGUUAAGGCCGCAUCCAAAAAUUUAAGCGUUAACAAUGCAGGCAAGAAUGAUGAAAACCAACGAGCAGAUUCCGUAAGUAGAGAUCCAGAUCGUGAAGUGUCGAAUCUAUCAAUGAGCAGUGCUGCAUCAGCAACCACUAAUUUAUCGCUGGCUAAUACGCAAAAUUUGAUUGCCAAUUUGCUAGGUUCAUUACAACAGAACACGUCGAAAAUAGUUACUCAGAGUACAAACACAAAUAUUAUUCCAACUAUUGGGUCUGCUCCCAAUAGGGGCCAGAGCUUCGACCCAAGCAAACAACCAUCCAGUGGAGAUAAUUUUUACUCUCAAUCUCAGCCCGCGAAUUCGCAACAAGUCAGUCAACAAUAUCCAAAUACAAAUCAGAAUUUUUCACCACAUCCCGGAAACAUGUUCGAUCAUUCAUACCAUCCUAGUAAUCAAAUACCCCAAGUUCAGCAACCACAACGAUUUGCCAUGAGAAAUGCCAACGGUCCUGGUAUGGGAAAUGCAAUGGAUCAGUUUAACAAUCCGAACAUGCAAAAUACGCCACCUAACAUGCAAAACAGUUACUUUAAUCAGUUUAAUCGUAAUACAGGACCACAACAGCAGUUGCAUCCAGGAAACUACCCUCCAAAUCCUCAACAGCCGAAUUUUUUCAACCACCCACUCCAAAACCCUGGGGGUUUUUACUAGAGGCUGUGUAAAAGAUAUGCUGUAGUGAAAAAUGCGCACUGUUAAUAUUCUUCUGAAUAAAUAUUAAACGUCUCCAUUACUUACA